GGGGGGAGAGAACCCAAUACUCUCCUCCUCGGGGAGGCGGUAAAAGCCAAGAGAUAUUCAUGGCUGUGUGGGGCUAACGAAAUCCCAUUUCUAUCCAGUUACGAGAAAGAAAAGCCAAGACCCGAAAAGCUAGGAUUGAAAUCUGCUUGCAAGUACUCGUCUCUCAACGCCUGGCGCUGCAGUACGAAAAAGCCAACCCACUCAGCGAGGAGUCGGUGUGGAGAGAGCGCGGCGGGAGGAGGAGGAGGAGAGGAGGAGGAAGAAGCGAGGGGAGUGGGAGAGCGAAGGACUUAGCAGACGCUCCAACGUGGAUAAGCUUCAAGCUUUCUGAUACAUUCCUGCCUGGCCAGGGCGACACUUCCUGCAAGAGCUGUGCCGACUUGUUGCAAAGAUCUGUCUUAGAAAGCAACGAAAUCAAUCCACUGGGUUCCUCGUCUCCUUCCCGCGCCUUCCCCCACCCCGAUCGCUUCCCCUUCCCGGCUCCAGCGACGUCCUAGUAGGUCGAAUCCAGAUCCUUUCUGAAGGAGGUCGGGGCAAUUUGAUGGAGACUUCAAGCAGCCUGGCGUUUGGGGGUCGAUCGCGGGGGGAUUUUGGAGGGGACUGAAGAAGGGAGGGAGGGGGUGGCAGUGCAGACAUGCAGAGAGCCAGCGUGAUGGGGAUGCCCAGUCCGGAACCCAGUGGAUCAUAUUCCCAGCAAUUCAAAGCCAUGAGGUUCUCCUAUCACAUCGAAGGGGGAGCGACUACUUCGCCCCAAAUCCGAGCUGGUCCCGUUCAACCCCACCGUCUCCUGGUCAAAAGCCUCUCUUCAGAACCCAGUCCUGAACAUCGCUCACCAGAAGCCCCCCAACGACUCAUCUCAGAUCCAGGACCUGACCACAACGAAGAGGAAAUUGCCAAACUCCGACCACUCAAACGUCCCCCAGGACCAAAACCACAAGUUCCUCCCAAGCCAGCUUAUCUGCAGAAUAGCCAGCCCCCACGGUUUCCUGAAUCGAUCCCCCCACCUCCAUCACGACCCCUCCCAGCCGACCCCCGCCUGGGCCGCAGCCCUCUGCCAAAAGAUGGAGUGGGCUCCUCGUCUGCCGUCUCCUGCCUCAUUGAGAAGUUUGAAAGGGAACCUAUAAUCCUGACAUCUGAACACACUCCAUCGCCGUGUCCCAGCCCAGACCUCCAAGCCCUAGAGAUAAAUUCUAUGGAACCCUCGCUAGAUCGUCCAGCUUCAUUGGAAUCGGCAGAACUGUCUCACAAGCUCCUGGACCUCCUGGCCUUGGAAGGAGGGCAAGCGGCUGUCGGAAAUGCUGUCUGCUUGCCGCCUCAUGAUGGUGGGAAACUGGCAAACCGGGACAGCGGCAUCGACAGCAUCAGUUCACCAUCUAACAGUGAGGAGAUUUGCUUUGGGCCUGAGGAAGGUACAGGGGAGAGUGCUGGACCUCUGGCACCUCCAACCAUCAUCAAGCGCAGCUCAACUCGUGAUUCUGAGGGGGACAGUGACAUGGAUGAUGGCAGUGGGGAUGAGGCUGAGCUGCUCUCUGACCUUCCCCCUCCACAGACCGAGAAGCAGGAUUCUGAUGAGAUGACGGUUUCACAAAAAGUCUUCCGAAUUGCCAAUGAGCUUCUCCAAACAGAAAAGGCAUACGUGUCUCGCCUGUACCUACUGGACCAGGUCUUCUGUGCCCGUCUGAUGGAGGAAGCACGCUGCCGAAACUCUUUCCCAGCUGAUGUGGUAAUGGGCAUUUUUUCCAACAUAUGUUCCAUCUACUGCUUCCACCAGCAGUUCCUGCUCCCAGAAUUAGAGAAACGGAUGGAAGAAUGGGACCAACACCCACGAAUUGGGGAUAUCCUGCAAAAGCUGGCUCCCUUUCUCAAGAUGUAUGGCGAGUAUGUGAAGAACUUUGACCGUGCCAUGGAACUGGUAAACACCUGGAUGGAGCGCUCAACACAGUUCAAGGGCAUUAUCCAUGAAAUACAGAGGGAAGAAAUAUGUGGGAACCUGACCCUGCAGCAUCAUAUGCUGGAACCGGUCCAGAGAAUCCCUCGCUACGAGCUGCUUCUGAAGGACUAUCUCCUGAAACUGCCCCAGGACUCGCCUGACUGCAAGGAUGCCCAAAAAUCCCUGGAACUUAUUGCAACUGCUGCAGAACACUCCAAUGCAGCCAUCCGCAAAAUGGAAAGAAUGCACUCACUGUUGAAAGUGUACGAGCUGCUUGGAGGUGAGGAAGACAUAGUCAAUCCCACCAACGAACUCAUCAAGGAAGGGCAUAUCCUGAAGCUUUCCGCUAAGAAUGGUACCACCCAGGACCGCUACCUGAUUUUGUUCAAUGACCGAUUGCUUUACUGUGUGCCAAAACUACGUCUCAUAGGCCAGAAAUUUGGAGUCCGUGCUCGCAUAGAUGUGGAAGGAAUGGAGUUAAAAGAGACCAGCAGCCUCAAUGUGCCUCGGACCUUCCUUGUAUCAGGGAAGCAGCGAUCCCUAGAGCUUCAGGCCAGGACUGAAGAAGAGAAGCGAGACUGGAUCCAGGCGAUACAGGCUACAAUUCAGAAACAUGAACAGACGCUGGAAAUGUUCAAGCAGCUUGCCAGCGAAGAUGAAACGCCACCUAAUUCACCAGGUUGUGAGUUGGGCCGAAGGGCACCCACGCCAAUCCGGGAAAAAGAGGUGACUUUGUGUAUGCAGUGCAAAGAGCCCUUCAACGCUCUCACCAAACGGAGACAUCAUUGCCGGGCCUGUGGCCAUGUUGUCUGCGGAAAAUGCUCAGAGUUCCGGGCCCGCUUGGUGUAUGACAACAACCGGCCAAACCGUGUCUGCACUGACUGUUACACCACGCUUCAUGGCUCCCCUACCAGUCCUGUGCCCCACCCCAACACACCCCAACGCCGAAAAUCCAUUCUGGAGAAACAAGCCUCAGUGGCGGCAGAGAAUAGUGUAAUCUGCAGUUUCUUGCACUACAUGGAGAAAGGAGGGAAGGCUUGGCACAAAGGCUGGUUUGUCAUCCCUGAAAAUGAACCUCUGGUGUUAUACAUCUAUGGAGCUCCACAGGAUGUAAAAGCCCUGCGCUCAAUGCCUCUGAUUGGGUUCGAAGUAAGCCUUCCUGAGCCCAGCGAACGGGUGGACCGACGCCAUGCCUUCCGGAUCAGCCAGAGCCAUCUGUGUUGGUAUUUCAGCCCUGAGACUGAGGAGCUGCGGCAGCGAUGGAUGGAAGUGUUGAGCAGGGCAGGCCGCGGAGAAGAAGCAAAGACACCACCUUCAAUUUUGGAGGCCGACGAGGAUACAGAAGCAGAGAGAACCUAAGGCAUGGGCCUGAGGAACUGGGAAAAAUGGACUCUGCCCACAUGGGGACCUUGCUCACUAUUCUUUGACCAGUAUACUUGAAACUAUUUUUCCUUCUUCCUCUUUCUCUCUAGCACUUUCUCGGUUCUUUUUGUCAGCAUCUGCCAUAGCCAUCUGACCUGUCCUCAGCCAUGAUGUUCUCUGCCAUACCCCAGCCAUAGGGAUAAAGCACAUGCACUGAGAUUUGCUCCAGGCCAGUUCUUCCCACACCAUAGCAUGCAGUAACCCACACUCCGCCCCCUCCAACUUAGUUCCUUUCAUGUUCUCUUCUAUGCAUGGAAAAACUGAUUUGAGAAAGUGAUUUCUUCUUCUAAGAAUGUGCUUCCCCCUUCUUUUACCUCUUGGACCAAGAUCUGCUCUUCCAAUUCCCCCACUGCUUAUUUAGCACUUACUGAACUCCAGUGAUUUAGGAAGACAAAAAAUGGGGGAGUCUCCUUUCUCAAGUAUCUGUUUGCCUCUUUGUUUGAUAACUUAUUCCUCUAAUUCCCCAUCUCGGAGAUUAUGUAGGGUGUUUCAGUCUGUUGCAGAUUUGAUAGGUAGGCAAUUUUCCAUUAUAACUUGAAGCCAUUCUACCAGUCUUGAUUUUUGUGCCAAAUGGGAGUAAAUCUGGGUUGGGUUAGAUUGAGAGAAGAAAAAAAAAAAGAUGGUCUUUACCUUUGUACAGCUUCUGUUUUGAGGAUAAAUUCUUCCUCAUCACAAGAACUCAUGAGUUGGCUACAUCCCCUUAUUAAUUUUCUGUUACAACUUUGUGGAAUCCUAAGACUGAUUUCAGUUCCACUGAACUCAAGCUGUAAAAUCCUUCAGGAACCAUUUGGAUAAUGCCCACUCUUCUAAUUUGGCUCUUUUUUGAAUUAAAUUGAAUGGCAAAAGAGAGCUAUAGUUAGCUACUAUUAAAGGUGGGUGCUUGUGUCCAUUGUUGGACCAGAUCUCCUAUCAUUUUUCAUCACUUGGCCAUAUUGGCAAGAACUGAUGGAAGUUGAGAGUGCUGCAACCACUGGAGGGUCAUAUCUCACCUACUACUGAUCUAAAAAAGCAUCUAUAAAAUGUUAUCUUUCUGAGGAUCACGGAGCAUAGACAUGCUAAGGGAGAAAGUUUCUACAGUGAACUGUAGAGAUGCUAGACUACAUACAUAAAGUGGGAAUACAACUAAGAGUUUACAAGAGUCCAGAGACUUCAAAUCUCAUUCAUUUCAAUGUCAGCAUUUCACCCCAACUUAUUUAACAACGGGUCUAUGCCUCCAGUGGCUUGUGAACUCUCAAUAAUAGGGCUGGGGAGAUUAGACGUCUUGGGUCAAAGCAAAGAUGCACAAAAAAGUUUUCAAAUUUAUCAGCAACUUCCAUUCAGGUGGCCCAUGGGAGAGAAUGAGGAAGAGUUGAGAAUAUAUUUUGCCUUGGAAUUCUUUUAAGGAUUGGUGAAAUACAGACCAUGGCCAAAUUGCUACAGACUGCCAAAGUCUUGGCUUAAGACCCAUGAAUAUUAGAAUAUGGUGCUAGUGCAGUAUUAAUUUCUCCAUUAACACAUGCUGUAGUCCUUGCCUUAUGACCACAAUUGAGCCAGAUUGCCAAGUGAGAGUUAAGUGGCUUUUGCCCCAUUUUAUGAUCUUUCUUGCCACAGUUGUUAAGUGAAUCAUUGCAAUUGUGUAGUAACAUGGUUAAGUGAACUUGGCUUCUCCAUUGACUCAGAAGGUUGCAAAAGGUGAUCACAUGACCCCAGGACACUGCAACCGUCAUAAAUAUGAGUCGAUUGUCAAGUGUCUGAAUUUUGAUCGUAUGACCACGGGGAUGUUGCAAUGGUCGGAAGUGUGAAAAAUAGUCAUAUUUAACUUUUUCGAUACCAUUGUUAACUUCAAAUGACCACUAAAUGAACUGUUGUAAGUCGAGAACUACCUAUAAGCAAAAGCAGCCUUUUUCAAUAACCAAAUUCAGAGCUCAGAGUUGCUUAUAGCCAUGGUAGCACAGUGGUUAGAAUGCAGUAUUGCAGGUUCUUAACUGCCGACUGCCAGCAGUUCGAUCCUUACCAGCUCAAGAUUGACUCAGCCUUCCAUUCUUCCAAGUUUGGCAAAAUGAGGUCCCAGAUUGUUGGGAGCAAUAUGCUGACUCUGAACUGGUUAGAGGGCUGUGAAGCACUGUGAAGCGAUAUAUAAAUCUAAGUGCUAUUGCUAUUUGGUUUUCAAAACACUGCUCAAAAAAAAGGGAAAACAUUAGUGAGGUGUGUAUAGAUUUGCAAUUUUAGAAACACUUUAUGCUGUUUUCAAGAGCCAGUCUCCAGCAUCAAAUAUCCAGGAAAAUACUGUCCCUGACAGAAAUGAAGGCAUUCCAUUGGCAAAUAAUGUGAAGUUCCCAGCUGGCUUAACAUGGAUCGCUCCUGAUCUAGGUAAUGGGAAAUAUAUGUGUGUGAGAUUCCAUACAAAGUGUGGUUAUUACAGUAACAGAUGAAGUACUCUUCUUUCCUUGAAACUAAAUGCAGGUGCUUCCUCUCCCAGACACAAUGCACUUAAAAUGGCUAAAAUUUUAGAGCUCUCUUUUGAGCCUUAUUGGACUAUCUUGGAAGUUCUUAAAAUUCCCUGAGGUAUCCCUCUCCUUUCCUCCCUUUUUUGCUGGUACUAUUUCAACACACAAAUGAGUGGAGAUUGUGUGUGUAUGUGGGAUUUUAAAAAGAAACAAAAACAAAUCCUUGCCUUAUUUUAUGUAGGUUUGCUGGUGUUGCUGUUGGUACCCAUGGUAUUCUUUUAUCUUCGCCCUCCUGUGGUGUAGAACUAGUGCAUGUAACUUUUAUAUUAAAAAAAAAAAAGGCCUCAGUAUUAAGGGAUAUACAAAAUCUUACCAAAAUAAUAUUUUAUUGUUGCUCUUGUAUAGUGGCUGGCCACUGCAAAGGUUAGGGGAAGGGAAGCUUUUAUUGACCCAAACUUCCUGUGCCCUACCAUCAUGAUUUGUGUAUUGUCCAUUUUACUUUUCGUUUCAUUGUUGUAUUUUGUUUUUCAUUGUUCUUUUUUUUUUAAAAUACAAGAUUUUUUUCUGUUA